UUUGAUAUAACUAAAAAAAAACUUAUCAGCUACGAUUCUGAGAACUCUACGGAGAAUGUGUGUGAAAAUUUUGAAGCCUUUGUAAAGGGAUUAGUUUCUUUGCCUAUAUACUUUCCUGGAACUGCCUAUCACAAGUACUUACAGGUAUUUAUGAAUUUAAUUUCUAUGCUGCGUGAUAUAUUUCAAGAUAACAAACACUCCCCCCGUCUUAAACACAGUGACUUCUUUGAUUAUGUACUAGAAGAAUUUCAAAGUGAGGAAACAAUUAUCACUGAGGCAAUAGCUUUGGAUUUGAUGUUUGUCUUGCUCUAAUUUGUUAGCUUUGAAACAAUCUCUUGGGCUAUAACUUUGGCUAUUAAGUUUCUUCAUGAACAUCCAAAGGCUUUGAAAGAAUUAAAAGAGGAACAUGAAGCAAUAAUUAGAAGAAGGGAAAAUGCAUCUAAUGGACUUACAUGGCAAGAAUAUAAAUCAAUGAAGUUCACAUUUCAGUUUAUUAAUGAAACAGUCAGAUUGGCAAAUAUUGCUCCUGUGAUUUUCAGGAAAGCACUUAAAGACAUCAACUUCAAAGAAUAUACCAUUCCAGCUGGUUGGACAGUUAUGGUAAGCCCUCCAGCUGUGCACUUAAAUCCUGCCAAAUAUGAAGCUCCACUUCAAUUCAAUCCGUGGAGAUGGAAGGGAACAGAGAUAAAUGGAGCAUCUAGAAAUUUUAUGGCUUUUGGAGGUGGAAUGAGAUUUUGUGUUGGUACAGACUUCACUAAGGUGCAGAUGGCUGUCUUUCUCCAUUGCUUUGUGACCAAGUACAAGUGGAAAACAAUCAAAGGAGGAGAUAUAAUACGAAGUCCAUAUUUACAAUUUUCAAAUGGUUCCCACAUCAAAAUAUUUGAAAAAGAUAAUUAA